CACCGCUUUCCGCCAUUUUCAUUUGCUAGUGUCGCAGGAAUCAUUGGCGAAGGCAUUCAUCUAGCAAGUAUUUGUUCUGGUAUCUGUUUUGACGGCGCUUAACUCGUUAAUAUUUACAAGUAUAGUAAAUAAGUAAGAAAGAUACUAAACUGCACAAGAAGAUGUCCACCGAGCAGGCCGAAAAUACUGCCGAGAAAAUAGGCCAGCAGCCGCCGCCCGCGCAGCAGCAGCCGCCGCCGCCGCAGCAGCAGCAGCAGCAGCAGCAGCAGCCGCCGCAGUCGGGAGAAGUGAAUGGGAAAGCCAAGCAUGAGCCCAAUUCAAGCAGGAAGGAGAGGCCCCAGAAGAGAGGUGGAGGUGGGCGCUACGAACCCUACGGAAAUGUGAACAAAAGAUACCGCGUUUUUGUCAGCAACAUCCCAUAUGAUGUGAAAUGGCAAGCCCUCAAAGACCUGAUGAAAGAAAAAGUGGGUGAGGUAACGUACGUGGAACACUUAACGGACGCAGAAGGCAAAUCGAGGGGUUGUGCUGUUGUUGAGUUUAGGACUGAGGAGCUAAUGAAGAAAGCAGUGGAGAAGGUCAACAAGCACAACCUCAAUGGACGACCCCUAAAAGUGAAAGAGGACCCUGAUGGUGUGAUUGCUCAGAGAGAAAUCAACAAGGCUCAUGGUGGAAUGGGUGGGAUGGAUCGUAUGAACAUGGAUCGAAUGGGCCCUGGACCAAAUGGCCCCAUGGUCAACAUUCCUCCUAGCCUGAUGAACAAUCCCAACAUCCCCAAUGAGAUCAUCCAUGGUCUCCAGGCUGGCAGAAUUGGCAGCACUGUCUUUGUGGCUAAUCUUGACUACAAAGUGGGCUGGAAGAAGCUGAAGGAGGUAUUCAGUAUGGCGGGCAUGGUGGUGAGAGCUGACAUUCUGGAGGACAAGGAUGGAAAAAGCAGAGGCAUGGGCACAGUAACAUUUGAUAUGCCCCUUGAAGCAGUCCAAGCUGUCUCUAUGUUCAAUGGGCAGCUGUUAUUCAACAGAGUCAUGCACGUCAAACUGGAUGAGAAAUCCCUGCCAAAGGACUUUGGACCCCCCGACAGAGCUCCUGCUCUUCCCCGUGGCCUGAGUGGUAUUGGUUUGGGCCUAGGACCUGGUGGCCAGCCCAUCGAUGCUAACCAACUCAACAGAGGAGGUGGAGGAAUGGGCAACAUGGGCCCUGGAGGAAUGGAUGGAAUGGGCUUUGGCAACAUGGGAGGUCGUAUGGGAGGAGGGGGAGGAGGAGGAGGAGCAGCAGCAGCAGCAGGAGGAGGAGGAGGAGGAGGUGGAAUGGACAACUUUGGAGGAAUGAACAACAUGGAUCGCUUUAGUUCUUCAGGGAUGGGAAGAAUGAACGAGAUGGACCGUGGGAUUGGUGGUGCUUUUGACAGGGAGUUUGGGCGAAAUGAAAUGGGAAUGUCUCGCAAUAAUUUUGGAGACUCGUUUGAGAGAGGAAUGGGAAACUCCAUGGGUAUGGACCGCAUGAACUCUGGAAUGGAACGCCUGGGUGCCAGCAUGGACCGCAUGGCAGGGAUGGACCGGAUGGAUAGGAUGGGCAUGGACAGGAUGGACCGCGUGUCUGACCUGGACAGGCUGGGUUCUGGGUUCGACCGGAUGGGCUCGGGGAUGGACCGGCUGGGGCCCAGUAUGGACAGGCUUGGACCUGGCCUGGACCGUAUGAGCUCCAGCAUGGACCGCCUUGGCCCAGCUGGGUUCGACCGCCUAGGCCCGUCUGGUUUGGAUCGCAUGGGUUCUGGCCUGGACUUUGGCUCUCCAAUGGGUAUGGAUCGCAUGGGCAACACCGGGCUCGACAGAAUGGCCAACAGCUUCGACCGCAUCGGUUCCACUGGAGGACUUGACCGCUUCCCCUCUGGUGGCCUUGACCGCAUGAGCUCUGGCAUGGAUCGGAUGGGGUCUGGAAGUGUUGGUGGUCAGUUUGAUCGCUCUGCUGACCUGGAUCGUGGAUUUGGUGGCAAUUCCUUCGGAGGAGCUGGAGGGCCUGGAACCGGGGGAGGCAAUGUCAGGAAGGGUUGCCAGAUCUUUGUCAGAAAUCUGCCAUUUGACUUCACCUGGAAGAUGCUGAAGGAUACCUUCAAUACAUGCGGCAUGGUUCAGUAUGCUGAUAUUAAGAUGGAAAAUGGCAAGUCCAAGGGCUGUGGUGUGGUUCGCUUCGACAACCCUGAAACCGCUGAGCGCGUCUGCCGGACCAUGAAUGGCUAUCGGCUGAAUGGAAGAGAAAUUGAUGUUAGGAUUGAUAGGAAUGCAUAAUUUGUUUGUCUCCUUUACAUCUGACAUCUCAUUUAGUCUCUGAUGUCCAAACGCUCUGUAUUUUCUGAAUUGCCCUUCAUUCAUCGUAUUCAUAUUCAGUUGGUUUGUUAGAUAUUUGUAACAGUGAAAAUGUAUUUUAGUUAGUAUUUUGUCAAGGUGAAAGUGUUUUAGUUCUUGCUUAAAUUUUACUUUUUUUAGAGACCAAAUUUUUAAUUUUUUUUCUGUCUCACUUCAUCUGUCGUUGCCUUUACUCUAUAAGGUGUUUUGAUAAAAUAAACUUCAAUAUUUGAAAUGC